AUGUAUGUACUGGGCACAAGUUACAACUACCAUGCUCAAGGCACAGUUGUUGUUGCUACUUUACACUGGAAUGCUAGAGACACGCAAUUUGUAGGCAAAAUAAUGACGCUGACGGAAACGACGGUUUAUCGCAGUUUUAUCCGCUGGCCUUCAAAGGAACAAGUGGGUAGCAUUGACAUUUGGAAUUUGAACAAGCUCAUACUGCAACCGCAGCGAGAUCUACCGGCCAGCUUGGUAGCACAAGAUAUUGCGCUCUUCAGACAAUUAUUCUCCCUACAAGAAGCAAUUCUGGAGAUGAGAGAGCAAUCUGAAUUGUCCAGUUGCAGUUCUGAUGAGUCCUCACCAUGCUCCACUCUUUCUAGCUCCAGCUCCCUCACAAAUUUAGGAGCACUUUCCAAACAUUCUUCAAGUUUUGUGCGACACCAUGUGUCUUACCCACCUAUUGCUAGGAAUCGCUCGUAUCGCAUAAAAUCCAGUGCUCCUCAGCACGGCUGUCAAGAUUCCUAUGAUUCAGGGAUCCAUACAUCAGACCAUGAGAUAUUUGUGUAAAUAGAGACCAGUGAUAAAUACAAGACUGUUUUUUCAUACAUAGUUUUAAUAUAAAGAUAUGUCUUGUACAUUUAAAUAGAUAACUGAUCAAAUAUAAAUUAGGGAAUGAUUGUGUCACUCCCAGAAAAUGUUACAGUCUUAUCAUGUUUUAAGUCUCCCAACUACUACUUUACAAACAUAUGUUACCGUGUAUAUAAUACAAGAACAGAAUAUAAAAAAGAACACUGCAGGAAGAAGAAACUUAUUUGAUUAAAGAGACAAAUGUACAUAAUGUACAUAUUAUGUACAUAAAAAUAGCACUAAUACAUUUUGUACCCAGUUUUAGUGAAAUAUUAACUGAUGAAAGGAAUUACUAGUAACUUCCCAUUAAGGAUAAGUUAGCUCAAAUACAAAUAUGUCUUAAAACCAUUUUCUAGGACAACAACAUUACAUAAAACUCAUUAGGAUUUUUACACCCAAAAUGUGAUUUAAUUGUACCUGUAACACCGAAAAAUAAUGUUAAUAAAUUGGAAAUUAUAUGAGAGUUCCUAG